AUUUGUCAUUUGUCAAAGAGCUCAAUGGUUACGACGACAGAAACAUCUACCUGGCACUGUUCCCUCGGAGCCUGAUCAUUUUCCUAUAACAACGAUCAAAGAUACUGAUGGCAUUUCUUUGGAAAAUGGUACAAGCCUUUUGUCUGUAACAAAUCUUAGACACCUCGUGGAUGGAAUAGAGAUUCAUGAUGGAGAAGAAUACUCCGAAGAGGAAUUCUUUAUCUGUGCUGUUCUCCUUUUGAACUUUGUACCCGGCAAAUUACUGAAUGAAAUGCCGCUGAACACUCAACUGCUGUUUAAUGCUGGAAUGGCAGUGGGCAGCCUGGAUCGAGAUUUGAAGGAUUUCGUCUGUGCAAAACUUCAGCGUCCAGGUUUUUGCUGGGAUUUGUCAAGAGCUGACGAGAUAGUUGAGCAAUGCCUUGAGGCUGUUACGGAUCCUUAUCAUGUACAAAUGGUUCGAGAGGUUUGUGAAGCUUUUAGGAAAAAUGUGAAACCAAAACUACAUCUCUUGCCCAAGCAAAUCAUCCACGGCGACGCAAAUUACUCCAAUCUUAUUUUUACUCCAGGAAGUAAUGGUUUUACACCAUACUCUGUGCAAGAUAUUGGUUUCAUAGACUUUGGAGACCUUAACUACAGUUGUAAAGUAUUUGACAUCGCCAUUUCCCUGAUGUACAUUUUGAACGUUGAAGAGGUUUUCAACUGCGAGCGAACUCAAAUGGCGGGAAAUUUCUUAGCAGGAUAUCAUUCGAUGCAUCCCUUAUCUAGCGAGGAGUUGGAGGUCUUGCCUGUGCUGGUAGCGUCAAGGUUUUGUCAGUCAUUGGUAUUUGGCGCUUAUAUCAGCAAGCACGUUGAUCAUGGAAAUGAAUAUAUCUUGGAAACUGCCAAGAACGGGUGGAAAAAUUUUGAACAAUUUUGGAAGACACCAAGGGAGGGGGUGCUCCAAUUAUGGUUGGAUAUGAGGGAAAACACACGACAAAACUAAAAUGGACUUUGAGAGUAUCGGUGUGGAGAAAAUGACAUAAAGAAUAUCAACACGAGUUUCACAAAAGGUCAUGAUUAUCACCAUAAUUUUAACAGUCAAAUUGUUUCAUCUGUUAUUUGAUUUUAAUUUUUAGAGCCGUUUUCAAAUGAGUGUCGAAAGUAAUCUUGGAUUACAAUGGUUUUAAUAGGUGUUGCUUCACUUCCCUCUGUGAUUGGUCCAGAAAGCUCGCGCUGCCUUCUCAACCAAUCAG